CACAACUCAUCCAAAAGACAACCUUAACGUUAACCACAGUUAAACCUCCUCCUCCUAUAUAAACACCCCGCUUCCCUUCUCAUGUAUUCAUCCUCAUCAUCGUAUCAAAUCAAAACAGAACUUCCAAAGCUUUCAGACGAGACUAGUGAUUCGUGUUCAAAGAACCAAACAAGCCAAGUACAUGGUUGAUUUGGACGUUCAGAUCCCUACAACUUUCGAUCCAUUCGCCGAGGCUGGGGAAUUUGGUGGCACUGGAACCAAGGAGUAUGUUCAUAUACGGAUUCAACAAAGGAACGGGAAGAAAAGCUUGACGACGGUUCAAGGCCUGAGGCAUGACCUGAGCUACGAGAAAAUCCUCAAGAGUCUCAAGAAGGACUUUUGUUGCAACGGCAACGUUGUUAAAGACAAAGAGCUCGGCAAGAUCAUUCAACUCCAAGGCGAUCAACGCAAGAACGUGUCGCAGUUCCUCGUUAAUGCCGGCAUCGUCAAGAAAGACCAAAUCAAGAUUCAUGGUUUUUAAGGAUAACCCAAGUUGCUAUUUAUUAAAAAAAAAAAUCAGCACUGUUCCUUUAUUAGCUUAAAUAAAACACUAGUGCUGCUGUCUCUCUAAUUUAUACACCCUUGGUGGUUUUAAACUGUCAUGGAAUAUGGGAUUUCUUUAAUAAAAAAUGGGUUUUUUAUUUGCUUUCAGAA